GUCAUGGAUUUUAGCACUUCAUCAGUGUUUGAUCAUCAGAAAGGUGAUUCAGCAGAAGAAAUUGACCUAACUCUGGUGUAUCAAGCAGCAGCUAAUGGAGACAUUAAUACUUUAACUGCUGUCAUCUGUGAAGAUCCUUCAAUAUUAGAAUGCUGUGAUAGUGAGGGCUCUACCCCUUUGAUGCAUGCCAUUUCAGGGCGCCAACUUGAUACAGUGAAAUUGUUGCUAAAGAUGGGAGCCAAUAUUAACAGCCAAGAUGCCCGAGGGCGCACUAGUUUAUCUUUGGCAACCUAUCUGGGAUGGCUUGAGGGUUGUGUUAGCCUGCUAAGAAAUGGAGCCAGGCAGAACAUCCCAGAUAAAAAUGGAAGAUUACCCCUACAUGCUGCCACUGCUGACCCUAAUGUCAGACUUUUAUCUGUCUUGCUUCAGCAGUCAGAUCUAAGUGAAAUUAAUCAUCAGGAUAAUGAGGGAAUGACAUCACUCCACUGGGCUGCAUUCCACAAUCAACCUCAGCAUGUUCAGACAUUACUGCAUAAAGGAUCAGAUCCAACUUUGGUGGACAAAGAUUUUAAAACAGCCCUUCACUGGGCAGUUCAGAGUGGAAACCGGAUCCUCUGUUCUAUUAUCCUGAACCACCAUCAAGGCCCAUCAAUAAUAAACUUCGAUGAUGAGAAUGGGAAGACUUGCAUUCAUGUUGCAGCUGCUGCAGGAUACAGUGGUGUUAUUAGUGAGCUGGCUAAAAUCCCAGAAUGCAACCUGCAGGCGCUGGAUGUGGAUGACAGGACACCUUUACAUUGGGCUGCAGCCGCAGGAAAAACUGACUGUGUUAAGACUCUGCUACAAUUGGGGGUAGAAAGCAGCCCCAGGGAUAUCAAUGAGAAUACACCCCUAUCGUAUGCCAUCUAUUGUGGACACACAGCAUGCAUUGCACUACUCUCUCAAGUAAACAGAUCUGAGCUACUUCAUCACAUUUCCUCCCAUAACAAUAAAUUAUCAAAGAAGGAAGGAAGAUUCAGCAUGCUUAACCAAAUUUUCUCCUCUAAAAAGAAAAAAGGAGAUUGUAAAGUCAAUUUGAAGGAGAAGAAAAGAGACAGAUCCCGGAGAGAAGAGACCUCAGAAGUAGAUGAGAUUAUCACCACAUUUGAUUGCAUAAUGGAUUCCAGCUUUGAUGGCUCAUCUAAGGAGUAUAUGAAAGCUAUUGACCUUAAGAAAAGAAAUGCAGACGUCAAGAAAUAUCUCAUUUCAGAAAACAAUACACCAGAUUGCAGUGGCUUUCCACCAGUCAGAACACAAAGUCUCCCACCCAUAACUGUGAGUCAUUCUUUUUUAACAACUUCUCUCACUACAAUCUCCAGCAUGAAUAUGGAUAAUGAUUUUGCAACUUGGUCUCAAAAAAGCAGAAGUGAACAUGAUUUGUCAAGCCAAAGAACCAGCCAACAAGCUUUGGAUAGCCCUUGGAAAAUUGACAAAAGCCAAACACCCACAUAUAGACUCUGGAUGUCUAUGCCUUCCGAUAACAAACUGAUAGAUGGAUUGUUUCCAAACAGAUCCCAUCAUGUGGUAUGUCCUCCCCAUCUUCCCCAUCUGCCUAAUUUGUCACCAGGGAAAACCUUUCAGCGUACCACUUCAGAACUUCCCAGAGGAAAAGCCCUAACAGCUGUAAGGAACAACUUGGCCCCCAUGGUACAACACGAUGAUCAGAAAGGCCAGUUAACAAUCAACCGAAUUCCUCAAGGUGCCAAAGAGCUGAAGUUACUGUCCUUAAAUUCACUGAGAACUGACACAUCUGCUACCAAGUCUGCCAAAGCAAGCCUUUCCCAGAUUUAUUUUCCAUUCUCAUUUUUAUCCCUGCAAUCAACUAAGCCUCUUGGAACUAGCAAAGUCCUGCCAGCCAUUCCAAGCCAGAAAGGAUCCAGCUUCACGAGUGAAAUGCUUGAUCAAUCACAUUGUGACUCACUCAGUGGCCAUUAG